AUGAUGAACCCCACCACCACCUUCUGCUUCCUCCUCCUCUGCUUCCUCUUUCCCCCCAUCCCCGUCGCCAUCCUCUACGGUUUCGGCAACGCGCUCCUCCUCAACAUCCUGCUCUGCCUCCUCUGCUGGCUGCCGGGCGUCGUGCACGCCCUGAUCCUCGUCCUGAUUCAGACGCCGUACUAUCAGGGCCGCGCAGAUUAUCGGCGGGGGUAUUAUUCGAGGCACCAUGUGGGCGCCGCGCCGUUGGUGGUCGUACCGGUGGCGUCCCCGUGGCCGCGGGUGGGGAGGAUGAGGAGGUAUCGGCCGAGGAGGGUGUAUAGGGCGAGGAUGGGGAGGUAUCGGGUGAGGACGGUGAGGAGGUCUCCUUUAUUUACACUCCCACUCCGCGCCAACCACGCGACCCACCCUGCCUCCACCUCUCAACCUCCCACCCCCACUCCCCCGAACCCCUCCUCCAAGAUGCUCGACUGGACCGACGUCCUCAUCCAACUCAGCAUCACCCUCAGCACCUUCUUCUUCCCCCCCUCGGGCAUCAUCUUCUCCCAAGGCGGCUGGGGCCCCGACGCCCAAUGGAACACCCUCCUCACCCUCCUCGGCUACUACCCGGGCCUCAUCCACAGCUUCAUGGUGCAGACCGCGACUCCGAACCCCGUGCUCGGCCGCCGCGCGCUGCCGAUUCACGUGAAGUGCGUGCGGAUGGGGAAGCGGGAGUUUCGGAUUCGCGCAUUGGAUCGGGUGGAGGGGACGGCGUUUAGUGAGGUGAGUGAGGCGAAGGGGGUUGGUUGGUUUGGUGUGGAUGGCGGUUUGCUGAUGGGGAUGGGAUAG